CCCAUACAUUUCUCAAAUCAGCACGUGAUAUUUGAAGAUGUGUGUUACUUGCGCUAAGGCAGCCCAUCUAUUGACUUCUCUUGGGCAGGUGACAGUGUGGUUUGUACCGUAGGAAGCUGAUUUGGUUUUGGGAGGUGACGAAGGGAAAGAUUGUACAUACUCAAAGGGCUACAUGAAGAGACAGGCUAUUUUCUCAUGUCGUACUUGUACUCCUGAUGGCAAUGCUGGUGUCUGUACAGGUUAUAGCUUAUCUUGCCAUGACAGGCAUGAGAUUGUAGAAUUGUGGACGAAGAGAAACUUCAGGUGUGAUUGUGGAAAUUCAAAGUUUGGAGAGUUCUACUGCAAGCUCAUGGCAGAUAGAGAACCAGUAAAUUCAGAAAACUCAUACAACCAGAAUUAUAAAGGUGCAUACUGCACAUGUCAUCGCCCUUAUCCCGACCCAGAUGUCGAAGAGCAGGUGGAGAUGAUACAGUGCUGUAUUCGUGAAGAUUGGUUUCAUGAGAACCAUUUAGGCUUUGAACCCUCUGACAAGAUGCUAGUUUAUACAGCUAAACCCGGUCUUUGUACCUGCUUGUUGUUUAGAGACAAUUUUCACUUGCAAGCCGACCAACUUAGUACCACGAGAAAUGUUUGCAGCUCCAGUUACAAGCAGCGAGUAAAGUAGUCUUCUUUUCACAAAUGACAAUCUUGAUUCAUCAUUGGUGAGGGUUGUGAUCUCUUUAAUAUAAUCAGGUGAACUUAUCAGGCUGUUUGAUGCUCAUUCCUAAAGUCUGCUUCUUGUACUUAUGAUGGGUUGGGCCGUGUAUAGUCCUGGAGAUGAAUGAUGGACUGCCAUUUUGGUGAGGUGCAGAACACCGUUGGCAAGGUUUUCAUAUUAACUUGUUGGCAAGCUACUAUUGUACUGUUACUGCAGAAACACCAUUGGGUGGUGUGAGUGUUCUUUUUUUUGUUCCCUUUGUACAUAGAUUUUCAUUUCUGGUUUUGUUUGUUCUUUUUCAUUUCUCCUAAACAAAAAAAGAUAAAAAAAAUAAGAAAGAGACAUUUCUAACAUAAUUUUCUAAUAACUAUGCGUGGGUUUUAUAAUCAUGCAAUAGA